AUUGUCAAGUCGAUUGCUAUAUUUGCGUGUUAUCGUUUCUGUGCACAAAAAUAUCAACAAAGUCGUUUUAUAACUAAGAACCCGCAUAGUAUAUCGCUAAAUUGAUGUUAGAUCCUCCGCCAUGAGUACAAUUGGUAUUGUACAAAUACACGAGUCGAUAAGUCGCGGCAGGGGUCACUAUUGCCGUAUUUGUUUUCGGUCUACAGCGGAGACGAGACUCGUCAAGCCUGACCAUUCGAAAAACUUAAUAAAUAAAUUGGCAAUACGUUUUAAGGGGCCAAUCCAAGUAUGUGUCAUAUGCGAAGCCCUAGCACUAUCUGCGGCGCGGUUUGUGAGAACCCUAGAGCUGGCAGCUCGAGUGAGCGAUUUGUUCACCAACAUGGGUGCAGUGCAGUGGCAGAAUGUUCUCAAGUGUGUGGCGGCACCGGACAAGUACCCUAAGGUGUUAAACGAUGAAAGCAUCUCCCGACGAGCCCUGGAUCUGGACGCGGCGCUGCGUGCGGUGCCGCGCUACGAGCUGCGACGCACCGACACGCUGGUGGUGCCCUCACCGCCGCAACGGCAAGACACGGUAGUAAUGCAACACGCCAACCCACCCAUACCUACAGCGAUGCCUCUGGCGCCCAUAGUAAUGGCUUCCACGUUGGCGCCUAUGGUGCCCGCGUUGUCACCAUUGGCGCCCAGACAGCCGGGGCCCACAACCACGCUGAACGCCAACACUAAGAUCUCGGUGGACCCAGAGAUGCAGCAUGUACGGGUGGUAGAUAAGGAGACUAAGCAGAUUAUUUUACAUCCUAUGGUUCACGGCCUCGAUGGGAAUGUAUACGUACCUUCACUACAACUUCAAAUACUCAACAAUGGCAUAGUGAGGAGCGCUCCAAACAUUCAAAAUGUAACUCCGGCUUUCGCUGACAGUGGAACAUUGGAUGACCCCCUAAACAUACAAAAUGUUGUGUCCCCACAAUCAACUCCAGCUAAGGAUAAUUACUCAAUAUUACGACACACUUUACAAACGCAAGAGGAAAUCAAAACAUAUAAAAAAAAAGAAAAAAGUGAAUAUUACAAUUUCUUGGCAUCUCAAAUGGAAGAAAAGAAACAAAACUCAAAUGUGGAAAUAAUCAAAAUGAACGAUUUGAAUAUAGUUCUCAACGAUGAGGGUGAGAGUAAAAAGAAACGCAAGCGUAGCGGGGGUUCUAUGGAGAAAACUUUGAGUGAAGUAGAGUUAUUGUUAAGUGAGAACGCUAAAGGCGGGUGUGAGAUUAGGUAUGAGAUAAUAGAUGAUGAUGAUGUUGCGAAGGAUAAAGUGGAGGCUUCGAGUAGGCCGGUUUUGAAGACGAAUCGGACGGUGGAUUGGGAAGAUAAGAUACCCAUGGAUGUGAUAUCUUUUAUGGACGCGACCGACCCGAACCCCGAGGAGAGAAUAAUGCAGCCGCCCCCCAUGGGGGUCAUAUCGGACGUUCGCUCCGUGCCCAACGACUUUACCGAACCCAUCGAGUGCAUCGACCUCUGUUGACGUGUAUACACGUCCACUUUAACCACAAGCGUCUCACGGUCCUAAUGGGUUUAACACAUUUUACAAAAAGAUCUCUCCUGUGGACAAUACAGUAAAAAGUAACGACCCGGGUACAUAAAUAUAAGGGUUUUCUUAUUUGAGUCUCAAGGUACAGUGUAAAAAUUAGCUUAAGAUUCUCUUAACGUUGCGGUGUCUACAGGAAAGACGCGAACGAGUUAACCAUACAAUAAAAUGUAUAUGACCCUAAUUAAUACUAGUACAAAUUACCUCUAAUGUUUGAAUCAUUAUUAAGAGUCCCCAGCAAGUUCGGCCGAAUUGCACCUUCCCAUACAAACGGAGUUUCGUUCUCAUUUUAAAACUACGUGUUGGAUUGUAAUGAAACUUUGCACAUACAGUGAUAUGAGGUAUAUGUAUGCCUGUAAUUAGUUUAUAUAGCUCCAGUUUAUAAAACAAACGAAAUAGAGCAAAAACAAGUUUUGUAUGAAAAACUUAAAUUCGCUGUAUUUUUUUAACUAUGGUAUCUGAAGCUACAUAAACUAAUUACAGAGAUAGAUAUACCUUAUCCUAUUGUAAGUACAAAGUUUCAGAGCAAUCUCUCAGACGCACCCACUUUGUCAGUAGAAAAAGGCGCGAAAUUCAAAUUUUCUAUGGGAAGUCAACUCUUCGCGCCUAAUUUUUUUAAUUUGCCACCUUAUUCUAUUGACUAAGUGGGUGUGCCAGAGUAUAUAUGUAUAAUGCCAGAGUAUAUAUCACUACGUAGUAUAAAACAAAAUCGCUUUCCGCUGUCUGUCCGUCUGUCCCUAUGUAUGCUUAGAUCUUUUAAACUACGCAACGGAUUUUGAUGCAGUUUUUUUAAUAGAGUGAUUCAAGAGGAAGGUUUAUAUGUAUAAUUUAUAAAGGAUUUGUGUAAAUUAGUUGAACUACCCGUGCGGAGCCGGGGCGGUUCGCUACUGUAAUAAGAGAAGACGUUAAAAUUCUGACAAAUCUUUAUUUUUACUUUGUUUCAUAAAAUUAUAAUAUUUAAGUGUUAUUGUUGUGUCAAAGCAUUUAAUUUUAUGGAUUAAGUUAAAACUAGUGGCUCUGUGAGCUAUACUGUGUGGUUCUGCCAUUUUGAAAAAUUUCCAAAAGUCAUGGAGACUGUAUAAAGGAGCCAAAUCUCUAUCUAUAAUCUCUAAAAAACAGUAAUUAGGCGGCGCCACCAUACACCAAAAUACUACCAAAAACAACCUACGUAAUUUGGUUGGGUUAUUUGUUUCCUUAUAUGGCUUAUGUCCCAGAGCCUAACUAGCGCUACCGGAGAGAUUAGGAACUAUUAUUUAAAGCUGAAAGCGGUCACUUUUGCAACAAUUCUGCCAUAAGAUAUGUGCAUCCUUUCUAUACCAUCCAUACAUAAGUGAAUUAUCAAAAAAAAAACUUGUAGAAGAGAACGGCCAGUCAUAAGAAAGUAGUUUUGCUUGAGCUAAAACAUAGACCUUCAGUCUCGCUCGGUUAAUAAUGAAAAAGUACUGAGAGCCAGAAUAUUUUUGAAAUAGACAAUACAAAUGAUUUUAUAAACUAAACUAAACCAUGUUCAAGUUAGUCUUUACAUUUAAUGCGAUCCAAAUACAGCUCAGGUGUGCGAGCGGGACACUAUAUACGUGCACAGCGCUUUCUCGCUCACGCACCAGAGCGCUGUAGGUAUAGUUUGUCAAAGGACUGUCUCAUUACAAACAUAGACAAAGAAUCAUCUUUGUCUUAAACUAGUCAUGGAGACUAUAUAAAGGAGCCAAAUCUCUAUGUAUGAAAAGUGUCCAUCAAAAAAUAGUAAUUAGGCGGCGCCACCAUACACCGAAAUACUACCAAAAACAACCUACGUAAUUUGGUCGGGUUAUUUGUUGCCUUAUAUGGUUCAUGUUAUUAAAAUUAAAUAAUCAUUUAUUUUCAGGCAUGGCCCAUAGAGGUGUUAGUAACAAAAAAACUUAAAUACUAAUGUUAAACUCAUGUCCCAGAGCCUACCUAGCGUCACCGGAGAGAUUAGGAACUAUUAUUUAAAGCUGAAAGCGGUCACUUUUGCAACAAUUCUGCCAUGAGAGAUUGGCAUCCUUUCUAUACCAUCCAUAGUUAUAGUAUUUUCGAACUCAAUAGGUACGGUGACAGGUGUCAUCUUGUAAUAUAUGCAUGCAAACCGGCGCGGGCGCGGUGUCGCUCCUUGCGCACCCCUUUUGUAUGAGUCAGUAAUAAACGGACCGUCUACUGUACUGCUGUGUUUCCUUCACGCUCAAAUACCUUCAAAUACCUCACAUCUCCAUAAAAUGUAUAACCUUAAAACGCCAAAUCUCGCAAAAUCGUAUUGACGUCAGCCUACCCUUGUUUCAAAAAUACUAUGCGCACUAUCCGUACCGAAUGGGGUUGGCCGGUCGAAGUGUUUAGCAGAUGGCGCCAGCAUAGCUUGCCCUGGCAGUCCCUAGAAUUGUGUCAAAUUUUUGUUUUUUAAUGGAAUUUUAUGCUUCGGAUGCCAGCCCUUUAAGCCAACUCUCAUAGAAAAAGGGGCAAACUAUGAUGGCGCCAUCUAUGCAAAUCUUUGAAAGUUGCCAACCCAUGUAAGUAUGUAAUUUUAGGCAGUCAUCGCACCGAUGUUGUUUCUCACGCAGCGUUGACCAGACAUGGUAACCGAGUAAUAGUCGUCAUCAGAUAUAUCGGA